GCGAGCGGCGGCGGCGCGGCGCUCCUGGCACCUGCAGCCCGCGGCGCGAUGGUGGACGCUUUCUGCGCCACGUGGAAGCUGGUGGACAGCCAGAACUUCGAUGAGUACAUGAAGGCGCUCGGAGUGGGGUUUGCUACCCGGCAGGUGGGCAAUGUGACCAAACCCACUGUGAUCAUCAGCAGCGAGGGGGAUAAAGUCACGAUCAAGACUCAGAGCACUUUCAAAAACACAGAAAUUGGCUUUAAGCUUGGCGAGGAGUUUGAUGAAACUACCCCAGAUGACAGAAACUGCAAAUCAGUAGUCACCCUGGAUGGAGACAAGUUAGUACAUGUACAGAAAUGGGAUGGCAAAGAGACAAACUUUGUUAGAGAAAUAAAGGAUGGCAAAAUGGUUAUGACUCUCACUUUUGGUGAUGUGGUUGCUGUUCGCCACUAUGAGAAAGCGUAGAGUUUACCGGACCAGACCUGUCCAUAUGGUACUUCUGCUGGAUGGACUAAUGUACUGUCCGUAACUGAGCGUAGCUAAAAUGCACACUUCUGGCAUGGAAGGUUAAUAAAGGGCUGGGGGGGUGGGUGUUUUUUAGAAAAGAUUUUUUUUUUUAUGCCAUCAAAUAGGCAAGCAUGUUUUGUAAAGUGCAACAGGUUAAACUUUGCAUUGAAUCUCUGAAACAAUUGCCUCUCUUUUUGGUUUAAUAAAUGGAACAUAUUUGGUUUGUUUUGAAAUGGACAUAAAAAGAAUUAAAAU